UUUUCAUUAGUUGAAUUUACUUACAUCAUCCGCCGAUAAGAGAAUUCUUCAUAUAAGGAUUUUCAACUCUAACGGCUAACUGAAUUUUCUUCUCAUUCACCUUUUUCUCAUACUAUUAUCAUCCCCAUCACAUCUAACCUCACGCCACCGCAACAUAUCUCAAGUUUUCACAAAAUUGAAUGCUGAGAUAAGUGACCGAAAAUGUCCGAGACACAAGUAAUAAGACAUAAACCUGCAGCCCCAAAGGCAAAACCUAAGAAGCGCCGUCAGGACGAUGAGAGUCGUUCGCGAAAACGAAGAAAGCCGACAACUUACGAGGAAGAUGAAGAAUUUCUCGAUCUAGACGCCGGGGUAAACAAGAAGGUCGCUCAGAUUGACAAUUUGCUACUCGCAGACUAUCUAGCCAACAAAAUACGGAGAUUCGGUACUGAUCUGAAACCCGUCGAGCUCAGCCAGCUAGACAUAUCACCAAGCUACAUCAAAGAUACCACAUCCUUCGAUAAAACGCGAAGCCUAGACAAUCUACCAGACUUUCUAGAGCAAUUCGCAGACCCAAAGAAGCUCAGCGAGGCGCCGAAGCAGAAUGGUUCGCCUCACACAAUCAUCGUCACGGGCGCGGGUUUAAGAGCUGCUGAAAUCACCAGGGCCGUUCGUAAAUACCAGACUAAACACAGCACAGUCGCGAAAUUGUUCGCAAAGCACAUCAAGAUAGAGGAAAGCGUGCAAUUCCUCGAGAAGCACCGCACGGGCAUCGCUGUGGGCACGCCCGUGCGGCUAUCUGAUCUAGUCGAGAAGUCCUCUCUUAAAUUAGACAAGCUGGAACGCCUAGUUGUUGAUGCCUCUCACAUCGACCAGAAGAAGCGCGGUGUCAUGGACAUGAAGGAGACCAUGUUACCUCUAGCCCGCUGGUUAGCUCGCACUGAGUUCAAGGAGCGAUACGCGGAUCCCGAGAAAGGCCUUCAGCUCCUAUUUUAUUAAGCAGGCCAAUAAGGGAGUCCGGUUUUUUAGAUGAUACCCCGAGGUAGAGGGGGCUAGCAGAGUUAUCAAGGCCGGCUUGCCUUCCCGAGGACGUAUAAAG